GCCCUUGCAUAUUUUACAAAUGGCGGCGUCUGUAGCAACGAGGCUCUUACAAAAUCAAUAAGAAAUUUUUGGGGCCGUUGAAGUGUCGACCGAUACACCAUAAUCAAAAGUCAUACUGACACGGUUUUCUUUUUCCUGCGGAGUAUCGGACAUAGUCUUUUCCAUCCGGAUGUGUUUUUACACAUCUUAUCCAUUAGGAUAGAUCUUUUUCAGCAUUUGUCGGGUCACGGGUUUUUUCUCCUUUAUGCUAAUUCGAAACGUGAAAAUCAUGUGGGACUUAUAGAAGAAUGUUAAAACAAGGUGUGGUCCAAGAGAAAAUCUCAGAUCUCACUUCCAUGAAUCAACUGCCACCACUCGGGACGUUGCCGCAAUGGUCACGAGUGAACACAUUAAACAGAGGGGGAUACCCCAAACCAUUCACCAAGGACAAGUUAUUGCCAGUACCUGACAAGGUAGGAGAUGAAGAUGACAGAUCAAUAGACUUGUCAGAAUUAAACCCUGCCCAGAGAAUUCACCAUCUGGAACGUAGUAUCAUGUUUCUGAAGCAGCAGCAUGCUGAGGUGCUCAAAUCUCUACAUGAUGAGAUCGAUAAUCUCAAAAAAGAAAAUAAAGAUUUACAGUUUAAGAUAGUGAUGAGUCAGAAGCAGCAGCAGCAGCAGCAACAACAACAACAACACCAUCUAGCUGGAGGAAGUGCAAGCAGUAGAAGGAGUCGUACUGGAAAGGAAAGGCUGAUGGAGAAAGAAUCGUCGUCAUUAUCAAUUCAUUCUGGAACAUAUGCCAACUUUUCAAAGACUCUUGAAAGUUCUUCUAGAGAGGACAAGCUGGAUGAGUUGAAGAUCAUAUUCCUGGAGGAAGAGAUCAAGGAGCUGAAGCAUGCACUGAGAGAGGCACGCAAUCGUAACUCGUAUCUUACUCAGGUUAUAGAUCAAAAUGAAGAUAUCAAGAAAAAACAACAACACACAAUAGAUACAAUGAAGUAUCAGCUGUCUCAGGGGAAUGCUGCCAAUCUAGCGGAACAAAUCACCUCCGGACAAAGUCUGUUCAACCUUCCUGGAGGUCGACAACCAACGCUAGCGGAAUGCGAGGCAAUCAUUCGUAGAUUGCAACAGAUCAAUGAACAGCAGCAACAUGAGCUGGAUAAUUUAAAAUCUGAUCUCCGUGAUGUGUUAUAUUCACAUAAAUGGACACCAGAUGCCUACUUACUUGCCAAGGCUUAUGUAGCUGAGGAGGAACACAAGGAUGAAGAUAAAGACAAAUCCCUGCCAAAACUUCAUAUGAAAAACCAGUCAAGAAAACUGACAACAAUUGACAUAGAAUCUCAAAUAAUUGACCCUGAAAUAGCUUACAUCCAGAGAGAUAUGGUGAAUUUGCCUGCCCUUAAACAGACAGUCAGUAACAAGGCGGUAGAGAGGAAGAAACGGACACAGAUAUUACAGAAAGCCAGAUUGAAAAAGGAGGUCAUGCCUUAAGUCAUGACUUAACACAAACCUGUUCUUAGUCAUUUUUUUCUUUAAAAAAGUUCAAUAUUUUUUUGUUUGGGCGAUACUGUAGAACGUGAGAUUCAGUGAUAAGGAGAUACCUCAAAUCAUGAAUUCACUCAUAGUUUUAGUCACCUUUUCUCUCUAACUCGUCAGGUGUGAAGUCUGAUUGCUCUGGAAAAUAUAUGAAGUUUCUAUUACACUUGAGAACUGUAGCUGAUGAAGCAAAAUUGUUCAUGGAGAGAAGUUUGAAGAAAACACUUCAAGAGUAAUAAUGUAAAACUAGUGCAAGUAAUAUAUCUAAUAUAUGAAUAUGUAAUUGAAUUAUAAUUAUUAUAAAGGUGAAAGUAUAAAGGUACAUGUAUUAUUUUAGGGGUAUUAUGUUUGAAAGUUAGCGAUAUAAAACAAAUGGAGAGGAUUGUUCAAGCCUGCUUUUUUCUGUGGUAAUCUUACAGAUUUUAAUGUCUUUAAAUUUUGUAUUAAAGUUUAAUUUGUUAUGCAUUUCUAUGUUGGUCAGGUCAGUGUUUUCUCUUAGUUAACAAAUCUGAUACUUCAGUAGUCUUCAGUGUAACUGACAUGUCAAAAUGGCUCUACUGUAAUUAAGUAUGAUGUGCAAAUACUGACAUAACCAUUAUUUUAAUAAAUUAUUAUAUUUGUUUAAAUAGAUUGAAGAAUUACUUCUUGUGAAACUUCAGAAACUAUAUUUCUUUUGUUAUGGUCCUACAAUAGUGUACAAUAAUGUUAAAUUAUCAAAGCUGCAUACCUGCAGAUUUAUGUCAAAUUUCAAAAUUAAAUAAAAAGGCUUUCUUUGGUUUGUAAUUGCAGUAGAAAGUAAUUUUAAAGUGGUUCUAUGAGUGUUGGUAAACAGCCAGUUAGUAAAUAAAAUAAACAAGAAAUAAAACAAGAAAAUAAAAAUGAACAAGUUAGUCAUGCUUUUGAAAUUUUUGACAUAAAAUAUAAGGAAUUUAUCUGUAAUUAUAUCUACAUAAAUGACACUGGUUUAUCACUUUCAGUAUCUCAUGUCAGUUGCUAUCCUUUUUUUAAAUUCUUUGAAAUUUUGAUGUUUUUCUGGAGGCAUGUCCCUUUAAUUGUACUUUCAAUCUUAGACAAGUUUUUAUGGCUCAAAAUAAAGGUUUGUGCACAAAUUAUAGAUUAAAGAUCACUUAAUGAAAGUUUGAGGGAUCACAGUUACAACUUUUGACCAUAUGUUGAAAAUUUGAGAUUAUGCUGUAAAGUUUUGAAAACACAAACAUCAGUAAGUGAGUGUAAACUAUUAGAAUAAAUCUCAUAAAUGCUGCAAGCUUUUUAAAUACACCUUUUACAUAGGUUUGAAAUUAGCAUGCACUAAGGUUUUGAUAUUUUCACCAUCUUUUACUAUGGAUUUAAUUGAAGAUGCAUUUAUUCUUUUCACUAAUAACUUUAUUUGUGCAAGAUGUUUUUUUUUUAGUGCACUUGUUCUAUGACCUUCAAUCAUUUGUCUUAAUCACUAUUUAAAGUUCUAUAUAAAAUUGUUUAAAAGGGACUAAUCUUUGACAAGGAAGACUUUUUGCUUAUGGGAAUCAGAUAUUUUUAUCUUUAAAAAGAUUGUAGUUUGUGGUAAGAUUGGGUAUUUUUCAAAUAUAGUGUUCAACAUUUCUCAUAAUGUGACACAUGUUGUUCUAUACAUACUCCAUUACAGUUCUGUUCAAAAAGAAAACAUAUGAUAUAAGUGGAAUAGUUUUUUGUUAACAAUUGUUCUAUAUUUCUUUUAAUAUUUUUAUGUACUCACGUAAACAACAAAAUUUGUAAUGAAAGGCAUCACUGUCGUUGAUUUGAAGAAAUACAAAAAAACCUAUUACAUUCAUAUAAAUUCCUGAUAGAAAUCCAUAUUUUACAGUUGUUGUUUUUUAAAUAAGAUUUUGCAGUAACACCCCAUCCCCUCUUUGAAGUCUUGAAAAAUAAUUAGCUGAGCAUUUCUUUCGGGGUGUUCGCUGAAAAUGGUUAAAGUAUCAUUAUGCAGAAGGUGCUUUGUAUAUACAAACUACCCCAACAGUAGAGCAUAUUUUAGGAAUCAUUAUUUAGCCAGAUAUUAUGUGUGCAAUUAUUAUUAAUUAUCUUUUUUAUACUAAAACAGAAAUAUAGUUUUUAGAUGUAGAUGUUGAAUUGCUAGUUGAAGAUUGUUUAAAUUGUUUAUGCAUGGUAUUUGAUAUAUAAAAGACAGAAAUAUGCACAAAGGCUUGUAAACAUGUCUGCCUUUGUUAAUUAUAUAAAUAGACAGAAAAUCUGUAUUAAGCAAGCAACCAAUGAAAUGAUGACACUAACUGCUUAGGGCAGGUGGUUGCUUUAGCUAAAUUGUAACUGGAACAAUGUCAGUUUAGGAAAGUACAAAAUAAAUCACAAACUUUUCUUCUGUAUGAAGCAAGGCAAAUGUAGCAUUUUUCAAACUGAUCAGUAGUAUAGCAUCGUCAGCAAGAUCCAUGCAUUUCUAGUAUUUUUAUUAAAUUUGUAAAAGCUAGUAUAGUGUGGAUUGUCUACUCAAAAAUAGAGACGUCACAGAAUAGGUAAAGUGAAGUGACUACAUGAAUAUAGCUUGUAACUUUUUACUGGAUUAUUGCAAAGAACAGCUUAUUACCUUUGUUUCGCUCUACAUAUUAGUUUGCCAUGAACUGACUAUGAUUGUAAGACCAGUCUUGGAACACAACUUUGCCAUUGGUGAAUUUUAAGAAUGUGCUCAGAAAUAACCAGUCAGGUACUGGAGUUUCUGACUGGUCUCCUAACUUUGUAACCUCGCCUGUGGACGCUUUGCUUGCUUUAUAAUCAGACCAGUCUGAUACUAUUAAUGCUUAUAUUUCUGUAUGUGUGAUUCAUGUAAAACUUGAAGGUUUGGUUGUUUGUAAAAUGCUUUUCACAGAAGUUGCAUGUUGUGUUUGGAUGUAUGUAACUUGAUGGAUGGUUGUGCUUAUCUUGCAGGUGUGACAUUUAGCGUAUAUAAAUCAUGCAUCAUUUACAUCUUAUAAGCUUUGAUAUAAAAUGAUAAAAUGUUGACAGAGGACCAAACGAAAGUUCUUACAAUAUACAGCUUUCAGUUCAUUUACCAAAUUUGUAACUAAGUUUCUUGUGAAUUCGCUCGUUAUUUUGUGAAGUCCGGAUAAAGUUAUACUACAUUCUACAGACAUCUCUAGAUUAUUUAAUUAAGAAGUUAUGGACAAUUUAUUUUCAUGGGCCAAACUAUAAUUUUUAUAACUAUAUAUUCAAAUGUUCAUUAUAAGGAAGACUAUCCAGAUGUGUUUUUGGCUUAUGGAAAUUUUAAAUUAUUUUUCCAAAUUUUAUUUUUUUUUAAAAAUUACAUGACAGUGUGUGCAUGUUUGUAAGCUAACAAAGAAAUGCUGAGUUAUGAAACAAAAUGUCAAAAUUUUGAAAUUAUAUGGUCCAAAAUGGCUGGAACCUUGUGAAAAAAUCCCUGUCAGAUUUGUCUCUUUGAAGAUUAAUUAAAAACUGAUCAUGUUUUUCAAAUUUUACCACCCUUAACAGUUCUUAAGAAUGAUCUAUAAUGUCAGUGCGGAGAACAGGUUUGUACUGGUACAGAAUCCAAGAACACUGGUUAGGUUAACUGCCCGCCAUUUCAUAACUGAAAUACUGUUGAGAAAAGGCGUUAAAACCAAAACAAACAAAUUGUUGGGGCCGAUAAGUAUUCUUGCAGACAAAUCAGAUUUGACAAUAUAGUGUGCACAUUGCCUCUAGAUAUAAAGAAAGCAAAUUAUUUCAAGUGAUUAGUUGUAUCGUUUGAUUUUAUGUUUCUCUCUUUUUUUUUUCUCAUUAUCUGAUUCCAAACUUAAGAUAACAUGUACUUGUGCUACACUUUGUUUUUUAGCUCGACUAUUCGAAGAAUAGUCUAGCUAUUCUACUCACCCUGGCGUCGGCGUCACACCUUGGUUAAGUUUUUGCAUGCAAGUACAUACAGCUAUCAUUUAAAGGCAUAUAGCUUUGAAACUUAUUUAUUCUUUUUCUAGGUCAAUUACCAACCUCACUGGGUCAAGUUCCAUAACUCUAACAUGUAUUUUGAGCAAAUUAUGCCCCCUUUUGGACUUGGUUAAAGUUUUACAUGCAAGUUACUAUCUCCAAAACUAAUGCAGAUAUUGAAUUGAAACUUCACAUGUGUCUUCGGGGUUAUAAAACUAGUUGAUAGCACCAAGUCCCAUAACUCUGACCUUCAUUUUGGCCAAAUUAUGCCCCCUUUUGUACUUAGAAAAUUUUGGUUAAAGUUUUGCGUGCAAGUACAUACAGCUAUUACUAAAAGGCAUAUAGAUUUGAAACUUAUUUUUUCUUUUUCUAGAUCAAUUACCUACCUCACUGGGUCAAGUCCCGUAACUCUGACAUGUAUUUUGGCCAAAUUAUGCCCCCUUUUGUACUUAGAAAAUUUUGGUUAAAGUUUUGCGUGCAAGUACAUACAGCUAUUACUAAAAGGCAUAUAGAUUUGAAACUUAUUUUUUCUUUUUCUAGAUCAAUUACCUACCUCACUGGGUCAAGUCCCGUAACUCUGACAUGUAUUUUGGCCAAAUUAUGCCCCCUUUUGGACUUAGAAAAUUCUGGUUAAAGUUUUGCGUGCAAGUACAUACAGCUCUUACUAAAAGGCAUAUUGAUUUGAAACUUAUUUUUUCUUUUUCUAGAUCAAUAACCUACCUCACUGGGCCAAGUCCCAUAACUCUGACAUGUAUUUUGAGCAAAUUAUGCCCCCUUUUGGACUUAGAAAAUUCUGGUUAAAGUUUUGCGUGCAAGUACAUACAGCUGUUACUAAAAGGCAUAUUGAUUUGAAACUUAUUUUUUCUUUUUCUAGAUCAAUAACCUACCUCACUGGGCCAAGUCCCAUAACUCUGACAUGUAUUUUGAGCAAAUUAUGCCCCCUUUUGGACUUAGAAAAUCCUGGUUAAAGUUUUACAUGCAAGUUACUAUCUCCAAAACUAAUGCAGAUAUUAAAUUGAAACUUCACAUGUGUCUUCGGGGUUAUAAAACUAGUUGAUAGAAUCAAGUCCCAUAACUCUGACCUGUAUUUUGGGCAAAUUAUGCCCCCUUUUGGACUUAGAAAAUCCUGGUUAAAGUUUUGCGUGCAAGUACAUACAGCUAUUACCAAAAGGCAUAUAGCUUUGAAACUUAUUUAUUCUUUUUCUAGGUCAGUUACCAACCUCACUGGGUCAAGUUCCAUAACUCUUAACAUGUAUUUUGAGCAAAUUAUUCCCCCUUUUAGACUUAGAAAAUCCUGGUUAAAGUUUUACAUGCAAGUUACUAUCUCCAAAACUAAUGCAGAUAUGGAAUUGAAACUUACCAUGUUUCUUCGGGGUUAUUAAACUAGUUGAUAGCAUCAAGUCCCAUAACUCUGAUAUGCAUUUUGGUCAAAUUAUGUCCCGUUUCGAACUUAAAACUCUUUUGAUAUUUAACAUUUUGGGUAAUAAUUUCCUGCUUCUGUGACAAUAUUUCGAAUAGUCGAGCUUGGCUGUCUUACGGACAGCUCUUGUUUAACAUACCUGUGAGUUUACACUUUAUUUUUGUUUUAAACCCGGAGUUACCAGAUCUUGUGCAUUUCACCAUUUCCUUAAUGUUAUUUUACUAUGAUCAUCACUUUAAUGAUUUUGUAAUAAAAUUUGAUCUCUGUA